UUGUGUUCAUCUGCGUAACAGAUCUUCAAAGUCAGUGACCCUAAUAGUAGCCAUUUAAUGUGUUUUGGCUUUAUUCACUGAUAUCAUGUCCCUGAAGAUUAAAACGGAAAAGGUAGAUUUGGCAGACUUAGAAGUUGAUCACUUUCCCGAAGAUCCAGGAAUAACAGACAUUGCUUUUGUUGUGGAGGGAAGAAAGAUGUACACCUUUAAAUCAAUUCUUUCCAUUGCAUCUCCUGUUUUUAAGGCAAUGUUUUCUUCAGAUUUCAAAGAAAAAAGUUCAAAGGAAAUUGAACUACCUGGAAAAACCUACUGGGAUUUUGAAAAAUUUCUGAUGUGCUUCUCUCCAGAUAAAUUCUUGGAUUUAGAUUAUUAUACAGUUGAGAGGUUACUACCAUUAGCCAAGGAAUACCAGGUUAAUUCAAUUAUCAGGAAAUGCGAAGCAUGGCUUCUUAAAGAAAUGGAUCUGAAAGAAGUAAGUGACCAAUCAAUGAAACAAGAGGUGGAAUUUUUAUUGAAAUCAUACUUUUAUGGAAGUGAAUACAAUAUGCCAGAAAUACGAGCGCGGACUUUGAAACGUUUAGUGCCAUUUAAACUUAAAACUUACAAAAGUGUGAAAUCACUUUAUGAAGAUCUCUCUGAAAAAGAUAAAGUAGAACUUCUGGAGGCAAGAAUAUAUGGAGUUGAUUCUGCACACAAUAGUUCCAUGUAUUGUGACGAAAUGUCUUCAUAUUUUUGGUAAAGUUUAUUUUUAGCAUGUGAGAAACAUGUUUUAAUAUGUCUAAGUUCUUUGUAACAUUAUAAAAGCUGUUU